AUGGUGCUGGUGUACAAGGAUUUCCUAACAACCGCAGAAGCCCGGGAUCAGCCUUCACAGAAGCUACGCACUAAGUGGUUCGGGCCCUACCCAAUCAUCAAGAAGAACGGACCCAAUGCCUAUCAGCUGGAUCUACCCAGCGCUAUUCGGUGCCACCCUGUCUUCAAUGUCACUGCUCUGCGCCGGUAUGAGCAGAAUACUAUUCCCGGCAGGCGGCAGCCACCCCUGCCACCGUUCAUUGACUUGCACGGUCAGACCAGAUACCUGGUGGAGAAGAUUCUUGACGAUCGCCAGCGAAGGCAUCAGACUCAGUACCUUGUCAAGUCGCAAGGGAACACAGACGAAGAAGCCACCUGGGAGCCAGAAGGGAACUUGCUGGACGAGGCCGGUAGGCCGAUAGUUGCUCUGAGGCGUUACAGGGCAUCCAGGGCAUGUUAG